AUGGGUUCCCACGGGACCCUCCAUCAGCCCAAAUAUCUGCAGUGCCAUGGCACGAAUGGAGAGGGGUCGAUAAGAGGUAAUCGAUUUCCUCUCUUUUUCUUUUUGUGUCUUAUAGUGAUAGACAGUAGACUCCUGCUGGAAGGCCUGCAGAGGUUUGGUUCCAUGCCUGCCUAUCUUCCAGUCCAGUACCAAGUACUCAAUGCAGAGUCCACUUUCUUCCUGAAGGAGGCCAAUCAGGACAUCAUGAGGAACUCCAGCUUGCAGGCACGCACUGAACUGUUCUUCAUUCACCAGGCCAGGAGGAUGCCGUCUGUUAAUGCCAGCUAUGGGCCGCUCUCUGUGGUUCAGCCUAUUCCCAUGGAGCUCCUUGGCCCUGGUCUCUUUAGCAACCCCAUAUCUUCUUCAUCCUCAUCAUCACCUCCUCUGUUCACCUUUAACUGGAAGAUCCAGACCUUCAUCAUCAGUGAGCGAAUCCACCCCAGCUGGCCAAAGGUACAGGUUCUGUUUUACAUCGUUGGCCGGGACUGGGAUGACUACAGUGCUGUGGACAGGCUGCCCUGUAUCAGGAUGUUCGCCUUCCAUGAGACUCAGGAGGUGCGCGGCACGUGCCGUCUUAGGGGUAACUUGGGAAUGUGCGUCGCAGAGCUCGAGCCGCUCGCCAGCUGGUUCAGCCCUCCUAGUGUGGUGCCAGGCAGACAGAAGGUACCAGAACAGGUUGAGGGCACCCCCGUGGAACUGUACUAUAUGGUUCAGUCCACCGAGACUGGAGAGUGCAAUUCAGAGGACUCCCGUAAAUCCAGUGGGAUCCGCUCUGAGCCACAAGGGCCGAUGGGAUACUUUUCUGGCCCUACCCCGAUGCGGAGGAUUGGUAGUGUGCGUCUAUACCAACCUCUGUCUGAGCUGCGAUUGGACAGUAAUUUUGUGGUGAUGGUGCCCUCGAGGCCAAUCAGACAGAGGGAGACUGUAUCUGCCUUCCUCGCUGCAUCCACCCUCUCUUUGGUGGAAAUCUUUACCCUAAGGGUGAAGUUGAAAGAUGGCGUGGCGUUUCUGGGUGCCCGGGCCAGUAACCCGGUGCAGUGGACAGUGAGUCAGGAUGUUAGGAGAGAGGGACACCGUGUGGUCACCCUUCACUGCCGCAGAAAGGACUCCGGCUACGGACAGAGGAUGGAAGCAGCUUUCCAGAAAGUUCUUCAAAUAGACUUGGAGGUGAACGGGCUCUUGGAUCCCCUGGGCAGCCGUUUGGUCUCCUGGCAGAUAGAAUACCCGAUGUCCCGUACCCUGUCAGAGGAGAUCCAGACUGUCAUACGCCUUUCACCCCAGGAUCUGGGAGGCAUCGUACCUUUGGCUAUGGAGACAGAGAUCCUCAACACUGCUGUGCUGAAUGGAAGAACGGUUGCUAUGCCGGUAAAGGUGGUAACCGUAGGAACGGACGGAGCCGUGACGGAUGUGACUGAGUCAGUGGAAUGCCGCUCCACUGAUGAGGAGGUGGUCAAGGUGUCUGAGAGAUGCGACUACGUCUACGUGAACGGGAAGGAGACUCGUGGGAGGGUGAAGAUCAUGGUGAACUUCACCUACAGUUAUCUGAGCGCCCCGUUGGAGUUGAGUGUGUGGAUGCCCCACCUCCCUCUGCAGAUUGAGAUUGCUGAUCCAGAGCUCAGCCAGAUCAAGGGAUGGAGGGUGCCUGCCGCCACCAGCAACACGAGGUCUCCUGGAGAUGGUGAUGAUGGUGAGGAUGAAGGUAUGAGGAAAGAGAGAGGGUGUUCUCCACAGUAUCAGAGCACCCCUGUCCACGUCCUCACGUACUUUGAAGCUGAGCCCGAUGAGCGCAGAGGGCAGACGGACUUCCUGCUGGGCACUGAUUGGCAGGUGGAUGUUACGGAGCUGGUGAAACAUAAGCUGAGGGUGGAGGACCAACGCGUGGCAAGUCUACGGGACGGACAAGUUCUGACGGGCCUAAACACAGGGAGCACCAAAAUCCAGGUGAUGUCCCCACUGUCUGAGGCGGUGUUAGCUGAGAGGAUUGUCAGAGUGUUGGAUGACAAAGUGAGCAUCACAGAGCUUGGGGUGCAGCUGGUCUCUGGCCUCUCCCUCUCCCUACAGCUCAGCCCAGGAAGCAACAGAGCCAUCGUUGCCACGGCUACCACGAAGGAGGUACUCCAAAGCCCCAAACAGGAGUCGGUAAUCAGUGCCUGGCUGCAGUUUAGCGAUGGCUCUAUGACACCGCUUGACCUCUACGACCCUUCCCACUUUGUUCUGUUGGCCACAUCCCUGGACGAGAAGGUGGUGACGGUUCGGUCGGACCCUGCGUGGAAGUGGCCGGUCAUCGUGUCUAAGGGAGAGGGUCAGGGAAUGUUGGUUCGGGUGGAGAUGUACGGCGUGGAGUCCUGUCAGAAGACCAAACGACGUGCCGUUCUGGCUACUGGCAGUGGAAACGUCCAGGUAAAAUUCACUCGAAGCGAAGACUUGGACAAUCGAGCAAACGAUAGGAGACAUCAACCUAACGCCCCGUACUACGGAGGUUCCAUCUCUGACAUAGAGGCUGGGAUUAUGAACAGAGGGGCCACCACUAUCAAGACAUCCGCUCCGGGAAAGCCCAGCGGAGGAAGGCUGGCGGCAGACGGUGGACAGAACAUCCCCAUUGACUUCUCUGAGUUCCCAGCACAAGCGGACCUCCCUCAUGGUCGUAGUACGGAUGAAGAGCUGCUACAAGGUCGGCGUGGGCUUACCGACCUGGAGAUAGGGAUGUAUGCUCUACUGGGGGUCUUUUGUCUGGCCAUUCUGGUCUUUCUCAUCAACUGUGUCUCCUACGCUCUCAAGUAUCGUAACAAGCAACUGCCUCUGGAGGGCCAGGAGACUAUGGCCCAUGCUCACGACUGGGUGUGGCUUGGUCAUGCAGGAGAGCUCCUUGACGGCCAGCAGGGUUUGUGUCUGCAGCAGGAGGAGCUUAGUGGAGCUAUGGACUCGGUUCUGGGUCUUGAGGAGGGCAGCCAGCUCCUUAAUGGCCUCUCAGCUCAGAAGAACGUUCAGGGCCAAGUGCAUAGGUCAUCAUCCGAUGCCGGCUGUAUGGGUAGGGAUCAUAAGAAUGAGUCACUAAACUCUCCCACCACUAAGAGGAAACGAGUGAAGUUCACCACGUUCAGUAAUGCCAAACCUAGUAAUGGACUUACUGCCAUUAGUCCUCUGGUUAUUGGUCAAAAUGAUAUAAAGUGGGUUUGUCCAGACAUUGAACUUGGGGACUCCAAGGAGCUCCGAAGCUACAUGGAGAGAUUAAACGAGAACGCAACUAAGAAUAUUGCAUAG